AUGGAUCCAAACUGUAAUGAAGUUUUCAUUGAUGAUCUUCCCACUUGUAUUGAUGUGCAAUUCUUGAAAGAACUUUUCGAGGAUUAUGGUCACUUCCCAACAGAUUCUAUUUUCGUUAAGAAACAAACAAAACCCAACAAGGCGUAUGCUUUUGUUACUUUCAAGUCUCAUGAACUAGCGAAGCGUGCAAUCGAAGAACUCAAUUACACAAAACUAGAUGGUGUUCCAAUACGAAUGUAUUGGGGUGAUCCUUAUACAAUGAGUCUGGCGAGAUCAGAUGCUAACACUCUUUUAAUACGUGGUCUCGCAGAAAACAUCGAAGUCUCUCAACUUCACGAUGCUUUCUCUAAUUUUGGCAAUUUAGUUACUUGCAAGAUUCCUUUAACAAAUCUUAAAUCUUGCGGUUAUGGUUUAGUCACAUUCUACAGCGAAGAAGAUGCCAGAAGUGCACAGAACGAUCUUAGGGAUGCAGCCAUCAAUGGCAAGCCAGUUGAAAUUACGUUUUAUCAGAAACAAUCUCAGUCUCAAACAAACCUAAACCAAAUCAAACCAAAAAGAAAGCAGCCACAAAGUAUUUUGAAAAUGUAA